GCUGUGACUUGCUCGGGUUCCUCCUCCCUUAAUUAUGCAUCAACAUUAUUUAUCGACUAGCUAGUUUUGUAGCCUACAGUCUUUAUUUCCCAUUUCUGCUGCUGUGGAGGACGCUGCACGCUCUACAGAGAUCAUAGAGCCAUGGGAACCAGGAGGGUGCUGGUGACUGGCUGCUCCUCAGGCAUUGGCUUGGCUGUGGCUGCACGGCUGGCCAAAGAUGAGCUCAGACGGUUUAAAGUGGUUGCCACAAUGAGGGAUCUUGGGAAACGAGGGCCCUUGGAGAAAGCGGCAGGUGACUCCUUAAACAAAACCUUGGAAAUCAAACAGUUAGAUGCCUGUUCUGAAUCCUCCAUCAGAGAGUGUGUCAACAGCCUGCAGGACAGACGGGUGGAUGUUCUUGUGAACAAUGCUGGUCUUGGUAUGAUUGGACCUCUGGAGUGCCAAAGCAUUGAUGCCAGGAAGGAGCUCUUUGAUACAAAUUUCUUUGGCCUGGCACGUCUGGUGAAAGAGGUCUUACCUGACAUGAAGCGGAGGCAGAGCGGCCAUAUUGUCGUGAUGAGCAGCGUCAUGGGAACACAGGGACUUCUUUUCAAUGACGUUUAUUCAGCCUCCAAAUUUGCUGUGGAAGGAUUUUGCGAAAGUCUGGCAGUGCAAGCGUUGAAGUUUAACAUCAAGACGACUCUAGUGGAACCUGGCCCUGUUGUGACAGAGUUUGAAAGAAAGGUGUAUGAAGACGCUGAGAGUAUUGAUUUUUCAGGGACGGAUAAGGAGACCGCCAAAAUCUUUCGUGAAAUUUACCUGCCAUACUCUAAAAAGAUUUUUGCCUCAUUAGGCCAGACACCAGAGGAAGUAGCUGAGCAAACCGUUAAAGUGAUCACAGACAAGGAACCCCCUCUGCGCCACCAGACAAACCGCCUGUACAUGCCCAUGACUGCACUGAAGCACGCUGAUCCCACUGGACGUCUGCCUCUGGAUUCCUUCUAUAAGAUGACCUUUAAACAUGACAAAGUGUUCAAUGCUACUCUAGCGAUGCUGCACUUACUGAAGAGAAUAGGAGGGAAGAAAUAAAGAUUUUAUGGCCAGGUUGUAUAGACUAUAACAAUUAUUCCUAAGGAGACAGUUAUAGUAAUACAACUUGUCACAGAUUUUUAAAUAUAACUUUUAACUGUAGGAUAAUGAUAUGUAUUAACAAGAAGUUUAUAUGAUAAAUAUGUACAAUAACUAAUUUACCUCCUUUAUUGUUUUUAUGUAAUUUGUUUUGUUUUAAAUGUUUCUAUCGGUUUUUACAGGUAAACUUGAGAAAAUCAUAUCGUUAUGAAAAAAUGAAUACAAAUCGUGGUGUACAAAUUAUUCAAAAAAAUACGAUUUGGCGUAAUCGAUUGUCUGGAGAUCAGAUAGAUGUACAUUCAUUUUUGUGGCAAUAUAUUAGACAGUAGCUUGCGAUGGAGUUUCAAAUCACGGAAAUAUUAAUUCUAAAAAUGUUUGUGAAUAUAAUGCAC